GGUUGCAGCUUCUCUGGGGAUUCGCGCACCUUGGCGGAGCCAGGGAAGCGGCGGGGCCGGGACUCCAGCGCGCAGGGCGCCGGGCGCAGGGCGCUGGGCGCGGAGCCCAGCCCCGGGCAGUCGGGCCGCGGCGGGGGGAGAGCCGGGGCCGCCGGGACCGGGCCCCCAGCGUGCGCGCCGAGCCCCGCGGGCAGCGCGCCCGCCCGGGGAGCGGGAGGUCGCCGGAGGGGCACCGCGGCGCCGGGCGAGCGGAGCAAAGGCAUGGCCUUGCUGUCCCCUCCCCAUCUCAGGACCUCUCCGCUGGUCCCCGCUGACCAUGAACAAAAUGAAGAACUUCAAGCGCCGCUUCUCACUGUCGGUGCCCCGCACAGAGACCAUCGACGAGGCCGAGCUCAGCGAGCAGUUCAACCACCUCCACAACCAGAGGAACGAGGACCUGCAGCUCAGUCCCCUUGGCGGAGACGCCCCGCUGGAGCCCAGUGCAGAUGGUGGCGGGGAGCCUGGGCGGCUGUCGCCCGGCCUGCUCUACUCCCGGCGGCAGAACCAGCGCCGCUUCUCCAUGGAGGACAUCAGCAAGAGACUCUCUCUGCCCAUGGACAUCCGCCUGCCCCAGGAAUUCCUGCAGAAGCUACAGCUGGAGAACCCAGACCUGCCCAAGCCGCUCAGCCGCAUGUCACGCCGGGCCUCGCUGUCUGAUAUCGGCUUUGGAAAACUGGAAACGUACGUGAAACUGGACAAGCUGGGGGAGGGCACCUACGCCACGGUCUUCAAGGGGCGCAGCAAGCUGACGGAGAACCUGGUGGCCCUGAAGGAGAUCCGGCUGGAGCACGAGGAGGGGGCGCCCUGCACUGCCAUCCGAGAGGUGUCUCUCCUGAAGAAUCUGAAGCACGCCAAUAUUGUGACCCUCCAUGACCUCAUCCACACAGACCGCUCCCUCACCCUGGUGUUUGAGUACCUGGACAGUGACCUGAAGCAGUAUUUGGACCACUGUGGAAACCUCAUGAGCAUGCACAAUGUCAAGAUCUUCAUGUUCCAGCUUCUCCGAGGCCUGGCCUACUGCCACCGCCGCAAGAUCCUGCACCGGGACCUGAAGCCCCAGAACCUGCUCAUCAACGAGAGGGGCGAGCUGAAGCUGGCUGACUUUGGACUGGCCCGGGCCAAGUCAGUGCCCACGAAGACCUACUCCAACGAGGUGGUGACCCUGUGGUACAGGCCCCCCGACGUGCUGCUGGGAUCCACAGAGUACUCUACCCCCAUUGACAUGUGGGGCGUGGGCUGCAUCCACUACGAGAUGGCCACAGGGAGGCCCCUCUUCCCCGGCUCCACGGUCAAGGAGGAGCUGCACCUCAUCUUCCGCCUCCUGGGGACGCCUACAGAAGAGACGUGGCCAGGCGUGACUGCUCUGUCCGAGUUCCGAACCUACAACUUCCCCCGCUACCUGCCGCAGCCCCUACUCAGCCAGGCUCCCAGGUUGGAUACAGAUGGCAUUAACCUCCUGACCAGCCUCCUCCUGUAUGAAUCCAAGAGUCGCAUGUCAGCGGCGGCGGCCCUGAGUCACCCCUACUUCCGGUCUCUGGGAGAGCGAGUGCACCAGCUUGAAGACACUGCCUCCAUCUUCUCCCUGAAAGAGAUCCAGCUUCAGAAGGACCCAGGUGUCCGUGGCUUAGCCUUCCAGCAGCCAGGACGAGGAAAGAGCCGGCGGCAGAGCAUCUUCUGAGCUUGUCUGUCCACCGUGCUGUGAGAGCUCAAGGGACCAGAGGUGACCCGGAACACAACUCUGGGUAGGACGGGGCCUGUGCAGCCAUCAGAGGACCGAGGACUGAGGGCCUGUGGCCAGCCUGAGGACCGGUCACUUGGCAGCUCUGCUCGUCGCAGCUGUUUCCUCUCCCUGCUUCCCACACCCCUCCCUGUGGCUUUCUGCCCAGACACCAACCCCUCUGUCACCCACUGUGCGAGCCACUGGGUGAGCAGCUCCCUCAGAGGAGGUGAGGGGGCGGGGAGGGACCUCGAGUCCUCUCCCCGCCCAGAGUGCUUGGUUGCUAGCACCGAGUCGUCCUGGACGGGAGAAACCCGGCACCAGGCCGAAUGCCGGGCCCUGAACACGGGCUCUGCCCUGCCUCCCCUGGGGCCUGCCUGCCGCAGCGGCUCGCCAGGCUUCCUGACUCCUGGAGCCUGCAUGCAUUUCACAUGCUUCCCCUCUGAGAGCAAGAAGGAGGGUGACACCUUGGUUGGGGCUCUGGAAUUGUGGGUGUCCAGGGGUGUGCCAAAGGCCACCCCCAACCAACCUGGUGUCCUAGAGCACCGCCCCCACCCUGCUCUCCGCCCCCUCCCUACCCGAGGCCCCUUGCGCCUGCGGGUUUGAACCCCGG